AUGGACAGAGAUACUAUCCUUGAAAACUUCCUGGCGUGCACUGGAAUAACGGAUAUAACAUAUGGUAUAUCGGUACUAGAAGAACAUGACUGGGAUCUGACUGCUGCUGCUUCCAGCAUUAUUGACCAGGGGAUAUCAGGUGCAUCGUUUGUCCAAGAAGAUCAGUCUUUCCCAUGCUCUGCUGUCUAUUCUGUAGCACCACCACUAGGACCACUUUUGAAUCCUGAAUCAUCAGUGAACUAUGUCUCAGGCACCCAGAAUGUUUCCGUAUCCACUAUGUGUGGUUUCGAAACCGAUUUUUCCGGCAAUAAUAUGUCACCUACAGUUUCUAGGUCAGUUGUCGAAAGAGACAAUGAUCAAACUAACCUUUUUGGACCGGUUCGUAUCUUAAAUUUCGAAAUAGAAUUGGAAUUACCUUUGGAAGAAUCAGAUAAUGAACCAAAAGUUAUUACAGAAAGCUUUCCUUUUCCUGAUACCGAGACAGUCACUUUUUUGAAACGACAUUUUAUUGACUGCCGACUAGCUGAACUCAUUCAGUUGGCUACCAGUCCGGAUUUAGAAUCAAAAAUAACUGAGUACACCAAAACCAAUCUCUUAAAGCAUUUAGUUUUGGAGAGCUCUGGAUCACAUUCAUUCUCUGAUAAUUCAGCAGUCUUACGUUCAUUGCAUCUACCCAAAUGCGUUAAACUUCGGGCUAAACUCAGUCCAAAUCCUUUACCAGAUUCAAGUAGUCUUGCAAACCAAAAGAUGAAUCAGUCAAACUUCAUAUCAGUUUAUAUGAAAAGCCAAAAACUAAAGUAG